ACCUCCUCUCCAACCACCAGUGUUGACCUUUGACUUCUAAAAAGCCAUGGAGCCUGAGCUGGAUGUGGACCCCGGCAGAGACGACCUGCCUCUCAGAGCCAACACUAACCACAUGCUGGUCAAGCACUAUGCACUGGACCUGACCGUUCUUCUCCAAGAGCAGCUCAUCCGUGGAAGUGUGGUGUUGUUUCUAGAACCUCGCCCCGCUGGGGCAGGAGCUGAAGCAACCGUUAGGGUUGGAGCCACAGCUGAUGACAGGACUGUGGCUGGGACGGGUGAAACGAGUAGUACCGCACAAAAAGAAGGAACUACUCAACUGUCACAGACCAACUCCUGCUGGGAGAGCACGAGCCAGGGUGACUUCACAUUAGUGCUGGACUGCUGUGACCUGGUUGUUUUCAAGGUGGAGGAAGUCGACGUCUCCUCUGUGCCUGAUAUGUCCAGUCUUUUCGAGGCAGUCGGGCCUGAGGGGUCCGAACCCAGCACAGACAGCCAGCCAGCAGUUCUGGUUCAAAGACUCAUCGCCCUUCCCUCUCAUCAGUGGAGACGCCAGCUGCACUUGUACUCCCAGUGCAGCCAGGCCCCUGCGUACCAGGGCGGGGGGCCCCUUCUAUUCCAUACAGAUCGUUGGAGUCUUCAGGUGAGGAAGAGGGGGGCUGGGAGCCCGCAGGGGUUCCCCAGGGCCCUAAGGGUCAGCUAUGAGACCAAGCCAGAGGGGGGUUCUGUCAGGUGGACCAGAGACCAGGAUCACAGGAUGUGUGUUUACACUGCCGGUUCUCCUAUCAACAACCGGGCCCUCUUCCCCUGUCAGGAGCCUGCUGUCGCGAUGUCGACCUGGCAGGCCAGAGUUCAAGCGCCGCAGGAUUGUAUGGUUCUGCUGAGUGGAGAGAACCAGGCUCUUCCCACUCACAACCAGAAGACAGGUUCCUCUAGCUGGGAAUACUACGUCACCAUGCCCAUGCCUGCCUCCACAUUCACCCUGGCUGUGGGCCACUGGCUGCAAGCCACCCCAGAUCUUUCCAUCGAAGGGGAGAGGAGGGGGCAGGAGGAGGAGGCCGGGUCUGGGGCCUUGGCAGUCCAGGCUGGCAGUCGGGAACCGAGCACCCCAACAAACAUGUGCAGCCCCGUGACUACUUGCCCGCACUCCACAUUCAAUUACUCAGGCCUGGAGGACGAAAGUCCCUCAGUGACCGAUUGCCCUGGCCUGGGCGAUGACAACAUCCCUUGUUCCCAUGGCGACUAUCCCUGCCGUUUCACCGACCCGUCUGCCUGGAGGCAGUGGGUGGUCCCUCACCGUGUGUUCGCUCCGCCCUCCCUGCUGCCGAAGGCCCGGAAGGUUCUCCUCCCACUGCUGCCCCGUUGCCUGGCAGCCGCCCGCGGCACGCUGGGAGUCCACCCCUUCCCCCGCAUCGACCUCCUUAUCGUCCCAGCAGGCUUCACCAGUCUGGGCAUGGCCAGCCAGAGGGCCAGGCAUCGCUGGUGUGAGCUGGUGGUCCAACACAAACACACCCAAGCGUACGGAGACGUGGAGAACUUCCUCGUUCAUGACCAGGCUAUGGGUGUGUAUCUGUACGGGGAGCUGAUGGUGCACGAGGACGCACAGCAACAGACCCUGGCCCGUCGCUGUCUCUCAUUGGUCCAGGACGAAAUGGACCAAUCAGCACGCCGAGUGGUGAGGCGAUGGUCCUGUAGCAACACAGGGUUGGAAAGCCGGCUUGGAAGUUUCCAGAAUGGAGCCUACGGACACCCGGGGGGGGGGGGGGGGGGGGGGGGGAGAGUCUCCAACGUCUCCAAAGAGACAGUGAUUUUCACCCACUUCCUCUCCUGACAGGAAGAAGAGACCAGUUUGCACACAGUAAAAACACAGAUGGUCCACUUGGAGUAAGUCUCCCUGAGAUUGAAUUAAACGAGACAUUUUUACCAUCUGUGCUUCAGGAUAAGUAAAGGUUACACCGGGAUGCGUUCCAGCUGGCUAAAUACUAACAGUAGUGCGUAUCUGUCACCUUUCAUUUCCCCCCUGUGUGUAUGUUUUUAGUCUGUUAAUCUAAUGUUCAAGUUUACUCUGGAAAAGCCUCUCAGGUCACUGUUUUUUUCAUGUAUGACAAAUGACCUCACCUGCCCUCCAAUCCCAACAGUUCAGAAGAACAUGAGCCCAGACUGUCUUCGGUCGUUUUAUUUGAACAUAUUAAAACUGUACUGGACGGCUGAGAGAACACUCUGUAAGGGUCGUUUAUUUUUAUAUUAUGUUUAUUUUAAUUUGGUAAUAAAAAGGAAUAUUCAAGAAUA